AGAAAGUUUAUCUGUAUUGACAGCUUAACUUUUUUGAUUAGAAUUCAGGUCAAAAGCUCAAACAAUGUUCUGAAAACUGAAGCUCAGUAUAAAUAGUCAGGUAGAUUUCUGUUAUCUUGCAAAUGUACUGUGACGAAAUGUGGUGUCUUAGGGAUGACGAUGCAACAAAAAACAACACAAGUGCUAAUUUACACAUGUACACGAGAAAAGCAGUGUUACAGAAUAUGUACAAUACACAUAAAUGACACAUGAGAGAGGGAGCAGUAUCGCAGCAUUAUCAUCAACCAGACAACAUUUCUGCUGGGCAGUGCUUAUUCAGGUCAAGUCUGACGCUAUGGACAUUUAUUUUAUCUUCCAUUUAUUGAAUGAUUUAAGAAACUAUUUUAGUUUAGAAACUAUUUCCAGGCAUGGAAUAAAUAAAAAUAAUUUAAAACAAAAAGCAGCAAAUUAUGUAAUUUGGGAAGUUGAACCACGAAUAACAAAUAAAACUGGAGGGAGAAGAUCAUGGUUGCUCAGUUGUAAUACCUGAAGAUGGUCAGUUCAGUUUUCAAUCCUGCCGGAGAUCCAAUAUCAGGUUCUUGAAGAAGGUCUUCAACUCCCAUAAAAAAGACUACAAAAGCUUCCUGUAUACUAGGACAGUAUUGUUCCCCGUUUUAAUUUAAUUUGAGGGAAAAUGAUCUGACUAAAUUACAGCAGUUGUUGUUUUAUAGUAAGCUAAAGAUAUUUUACUGCAGGCAGUUCAAAUACAAAAUCUUUAAUUAAUUCUUAUCAAUUUUAUGGGUGGUAUUUUUUCAAAAUUGUAACUAAUUAUAUGAGACUCUUUUCUGUGAAAGUAUUUUAUUUUUAAUGUAAGUACUAUGCAAUUCUUACUGUACAUGUUAUAUUUGUAUUGUUAAAAGAACUUACUGUGAGAGGUAAGGACCUUGAAAAAUGUCCGAACAACAAAAAAUUGUGUGCCAUGGAUAUAAAGGAUUGUACUUCUAUACCAUCACAUGGCCAGGGUUUUUGAACAUCUCAUGCAGUUAUAAUGUCCUACAGAGAUUGUUUGCCUGCAAAUGGAUUUAUUUAAAUAAUGUCAAAGCCAAAACAACAAAUUCAUUCAUUUUCAGUCAACGUGAAGACUUCCAACAUUGUCAAAGCAUUUUUAAUCCAGUUGCUGCCUUUAAUAUAAAUAUUAUAUCAAAGGAUAUCAUCAGCAAAGUUGAGUUCAUCUCAGAAGCCUACACAGUAUCCCUCAUAGCAAUAACCCAAGCUCCACGUCCUGUUAUUACAUCAGUGAAUGCAACAGCAACGACACUAAACCUAACAUGGAACAAAGGUCACUGGCACAGCACGAAAUGUCAAAUCCGUUACAAAUGCUCCACUACAGAACAAUGGACGGUGGAUACACUGAUUGUCACUGAUCAAGAGGAAUUAGAAGUUUCACAUUUAAUCAAUGGCCUGCAGCCUUUUAGCCAGUACAGUCUUACUGUUGCCUGUAGCGGGGAUUAUGGACUAUGGAGUGUCUGGAGUGAAGAAUUUCAAAGAAUGACAUUGGAGGCUAAACCCACUGCAGCACCUUAUGUCAGUUUUUAUGUUGAGCCUUCUGGCAAUAGAUCCAAAAGAACUCAAAAGCUGAUAGUUAUCUGGAAGGCUUUGGAGAUAAAGGAAGCCAGAGGAGUCAUUCUUGGAUAUGAGGUGACAUACACACCUACCAAACAACCUGGUUUGAAGAGAAUAAUUUAUACUAAGGAUCAGAAAGCUAACUUAGAGGUGACUGCGGAGGACUAUGACCUGAACAUAACAGCCUAUAACGCUGCUGGACAUUCUCCCUCAACUAAUCUUCGAGUCAAUGCUGGUGUUUUUCAAAGUCUGCCAAAGGUAAAAGGACUAUGGGCCAGCAGUGAAGUAUCAUCACUGAGGAUUCGAUGGGAGCCAACAGCUGUGAAUGUUAGCGAGUUUGCCAUCGAGUGGUUCUCUUUUGAUGAUGUUGCUUCUAAACAAUGGAAAAGACUAAAUGGCUCAACAUUUUCAACUGUUCUCAAAGGUCAAAUCAAGCCGCUUAAGAUCUACAGCAUCGCUGUGUAUUCUCUUUAUGGUACUCUGUGUGCACCCCCAGAAACAAUUCAAGCCAGUCUUGAUUAUGGCACCCAUUUAGACAUUGUUCAGCUGCAACCUGUAAAGGUGACAAAAACAUCUGUGACAGUUCAAUGGUUGUGGCAAGAACAAUCCCCAAUCACAAAUGUUCUUCAAUACAGACUUGUGUUAAGUGGUGCCCAUGAAACAAGUUUGCUUUUCCCACAUCAGUGGCAGCACACAUUCCACAACCUACAGGCAAACGUCAAGUACGUCGUAACUAUUUAUGGAGAGACAACAUCUGGUAACUUUUCAAGGGCAAAUACUGAAUUUACUACACCUCAUCUUGAAACUGAUGAAAUAAUAAAUGCUGCUGUUCCAAUAGUACUUCUUAUUCUUGCAUUCAGUAUUUUCUCAGUUCUCUCCAGAACUGUCUUUAAGGACUACUUUUUCCCUAAUAUCGCUAACCCUGGGCAGAGUCAUAUUGGACACUGGCUACUAAAUCCUCCAUAUGAGAGGGAGGCUGUGAUAAACGUGCUAAAAUUUGAGGAUCGACUCACUGAAACAAGUCUCAUUCAUAUUGAACCCAGGACAUCCUUAGAUACAGAGUGUUUUGAUGAAGACAUGACCAUGUCAAAGAUGUCCCUGCCUGAUAAUGUUCCAAUGGAAAAUUCAGACAAUUUUGAGAAUUCUAUGACGUUACCAGGUUUUAGUGAGUAUAUUGUCCUGCCUUUGCUUCAUGAUCAUUUUGGUUAUGUUGAAAAUUGUGAAAUACAAAAUUGGGCAAAAGAGUAAUCAGCAGUUCAGAAACCCAAUAACCAUUAUCACACUCUUUACUGUCAUUUACUCACUGUUUAUACUAUAAAUCAUAUUUAUAUAAGCAUCUCAUAUAUGUUACUCUUGUUUCCCAUUCUAAUAUGUAUAACAUUCGUUUGUGCUCAGAAGUUAUUGAUAUUAUUUUGAUGCAGUUACCUCAUGCUUGUAAUUGAUAAAAUGCAACUGGAUGUGCUGUGUAGUAAAGCAAUCAGUGACCAGGUGAUUUGAUGUACCUGCAGUGUUCAUCAGUACAUCCAGUACUGUGCUUUAUUCGUUAUACCAUAGCCAACUAUAUACAUUUACCAACUAUAUACAUUUAGAUUAGCAUUUUUAGAUUAGCAGCAUACUGUUUGUGGGACAUUUAUUCUUCCUGUAAACAUUUAUAUUAUAGCAGCUCGAAAUGGAUCCUCUCUUUACAGACAAAAAAUAUAAGAACACAAAGUAUCUAUAUAAAUAUACUAAUGAUUUUUACUAGGGUGCUGUUGAGUUCAAGUAUAAAACAAAUAAA